AUGGAUGGCCCUCGGUCCAGUGGGCUCCGCAAAAAGAGGAAGUCUAAGUCUGAGAGGGAUCGGGGACGGAGAUCAAAUGGGAUAAGGAACAACAACCAUAAGAGGGGGGGCUCUGUGGGGCUGCGCUUCUCCUCUGAUUCAGAGAGGGAGGAAGGAGGCAGGAACCCCUCUUCCUCCCGUCCAAGGCCCCCCAGGAGAAAGAGAAAGGAGUCUACGUCCACUGAGGAGGACAUCAUAGACGGCUUCUCCAUCUCUGGUUUCAUGACGCUGGAGGCGUUGGAGAAGGACCUGUCAAUGAAGCCCCAGGAGUGCAGGGAGAACCAGGAGAACCAUGAGGAGAACCAGGCGGGCCCCCGCCUGCACAAGAAGAAGCCCCCCAGGGUCCCUGACGGAUUCAGCCUGGACUCCCGCAAAGCCCACAACAACCACCUUAACAACCACCACAACAACCAUAGCAACCAUCACCAGCAUUCUGACCAGGAGAACAACAACCCACGCCUGGCUCCUCAGACCAACGGCAAGAAGAAGAACAAGAACAGCCUGCAGAAGAAACACAGGCCACUGAAGCCAGGCCAGAACAACUGCAAGGACAGCGACAGCGAGAGCGUGAGCGGAGGGUCCAAGCCUUUUGUCGGAAGCAGCUCCAGAGAUAGGCUGAGUGACUGUGACAGUGAGAGCGACCAGGAAGACAAGGGCUCUGAUGCCAGCUCAGAGAAAUUCUUCAGCACCGCUGCAGUUAAAGUUCCAGAUUUCAGCGUCGAUGCGCUGUCCACCAAUGACAUCCAGGAGCGUGGCGGCCUGGGCCUUCCCAAGGUGUCAGGCCUAGAGCGCAGCCAGGAGAAGAGCCAGGAGAGCUGCAAGGACGUCCCCGUGCCUCUACCAGCUCCCAGUGCCCCCAAGCAGCCCGUACCCCCGCAGCCCUACACGGCUGGCCGCCCUCGGCCCCUGCCUCUGUCCCUACCCACCUCCCAGGCCCAGCCCUCUCUCCCCGGCCCCCGUCUGGCACAGGCCCCGGUCCACCAGCCCCCACGCUCAGAGGCUUCUCUCAGGCCUCAGAUCCCCGCAGCCCUGCCUCUCGCUCAGGGCCAAGAGCCUUCGCAGGCCCCCCCGCCCAGGCCCCAGCACCAGCCUGAGCCCCUGUCCCGGCCCCAGCGCCAGCCUGAGCCACUGUCCCACCCCCGGCCUCCGCCCAGUCUGCACCCACACCCCGCCCUACUGUCCCACCACCCCAGCCAGAGCCAGGCCGGGCCUCAACGCCUCCCCUCACACUGUGGGGCCCACCCUCGCCCCCUAUCUGCCUACAGCAGCAGCCUUAGCCUUAACGGCCUCAGCAGCAGUCGGAGUAGUACCCCGGGCGGUACCAAGCCCCACGGCCCUGCGGGUCCGUCCCCACACCUACCCCACCUCCCACCUUCCGGUUCCGCCACUGCAGCCACAGCCUUCCCCCUGCCCCACCUAGCUAAUCAGAUUGCUCCCCACGGUUUCCCCCCCGCCCUGCAGUCCUCGCCACACCCCCAUCACCCCAAUAUGUUUGCGCCUCCACCGGCCCUGCCCCCACCUCCGCCACUGACGUCUAGCACCCUGCCAGUCCCCGGAGGACACCCCGCCGCUGGGACGCCCUAUUCAGAACAAGACCUGCUGCGCCAGGAGCUCAACAACCGUUUCCUCGCCUCGCAGAGCGCCGACCGCGGGGCCUCCCUGGGCCCGCCCCCGUACCUGCGCACCGAGCACCACCAACACCAGCACCAGCACCAGCAUCAGCACCAACACACCCACCAGCACACCCACCAGCACACCUUCACCCCCUUCUCCCACGCCAUCAUGCCAACCCCUGCACCCCCCAUGGUGCGUACCCCAGCCAGAAAUUUUGAAAAAUUCCCAACAAAAGUUGACCCUUUCUACAGACACAGCCUGUUCCACUCCUACCCCCCGGGCGUGUCCGGCAUUCCACCGGUGAUCCCUCCGACCGGGCCCUUUGGCUCGCUGCAGGGGGCCUUCCAGCCCAAGACUUCUAACCCACUGGAUGUGGCCUCAAGACCUGGAGCAGUCCCACACACACUCUUACAGAAGGACCCCAGGUUAACGGAUCCGUUUCGGCCCAUUCUCAGGAAACCAGGGAAGUGGUGUGCCAUGCAUGUCCAUAUGGCCUGGCAGAUCUACCACCACCAACAGAAAGUUAAGCAGCAGAUGCAGGUCGACCCGCACAAGCUGGACUUCGGGCUCAAGCCGGAGUUCCUGAGUCGACCCCCUGGCCCCAGCCUCUUUGGCGCAAUGCACCACCACCACGACUUAGCACGUCCCGCCACGCUCUUCUCAGCAGCAGGUUCUACACAUCCGUCAGCCGGACCGUUCGGCCACCCUCCGCACCACCCUGGCAACUUCCUCACCCCUGCACCUCACUUAGAGCCAUUCAGUAGGCCUCCCUCGUUUGGAGGCCUCUCAUCUCUUAGCACAGCAGCCUUCGGUGGGCUUGGAAACCCAGCACUAACGCCUAACUCUGUGUUUGGCCAUAAAGACAACCCCAAUGCACAGCAGCACUUCAACAACAACCACGAGCCGUGGAACCGGCUGCACCGCACGCCACCCUCCUUCCCUACCCCUCCGCCUUGGCUCAAACCUGCCGACUCGGAGAGGAGCGCCUCAGUCAGCUCCCACGAGAGAGACAGAGACUCAGACAAGCGAGACACGUCCUCCAUCAACAAAGACGACAAAGAGAGGGAAGCCAUGGAGAAGCGUCAACAGAGCCAUCCGUCCCCAGUCCCCAUUAACCCCAUCAGCCUGCUGGGUCACAGCCGUCCCCCAGAGCCCCAAAAGAACCACCUGCCCCCCAGCGAACCCCCCAGGGACAAGGACAAGCCCAAAGACCGAGACAGGGACAGGGAGCACCCCGACUCCUGGAAGCUCAACGGCACAGACGAGCACAAACUCAAAGAGAAUCACCACAGCGACAAGGAUACAACACCAAUCAUCCACGACGGGCGGGUGACUGAGGACAAGGCCAACGGCAGAGGAACGACCUCACCCUACAUCCGCCAGACCAGCCUGGACCGGCCCAACGGGGGGCUGGGGAGGGGGGAGAGAGAGGCCCUGAUGGAGAAGAAGGGAGAGCUGCCCUCUCUCUACGAGCACCACAAGAAGAACAACAACGAGGUGAAGGUAAAGGAGGAGAGGAAAGAGGAGCAAGACAGCCAUACGGACAGGGACAGACCCCCCUCUCACCCUCACCUCCACCCACACCUGCCCCAGGUGCCCCCCACGCCCAGCCUCCACACCCACCACCACCCCCCUUCCUCCAUGUCGAUGCCCAUGGGCAUGGCAGGCGUCCACCCAAUGAACAGCAUCAGCGGCCUGGAGAGGACUCGAAUGGUGGCCCCCUUCUUGGGCAUCAGCCCCAUUCCGGGGGCAGAGAGGUUCCCCUACCCAGCAUUCCACUGGGACCCCAUGAGGGACCCCUACAGGGGACUAGACAUCCACAGACGGGACCCUUUGGCCAGGGACCUGCUGCUGAGAAACGACCCCCUGCAUCGGCUGGCCGGGCAGCGCCUCUACGAGGCAGAACGCUCCUACAGGGACCGAGAAGCUCAUGACUUUAACCGCGACCACCACCACCCUCUAGCCCUGGAGCAGCGCCGGGAGCAGGAGGCCCGGGCACACUUGGAGGAGCGUGAGCGGUUGCACAUGCUCAGAGAAGACUACGAGCACGGCCGCCUGCAUGCCGCCAUGCACCACCCGGCCCUGGACGGCCACCUGCCACACCACCACGCUGGCCUCAUGAUCCCCGGAUUACCCAGCAUGCAUUACCCCAGGGUCAGCCCUUCGGCCGCCGCUGCAGCUCACGCCGCCCACCAGAACGGUAUCCUGAACAAAACCCCGCCCACAGCCUCCCUGAGUGCCCCGCCCCCCCUCAUCCCCACGCUGGGUGCCAGGCCUGGCUCCCCCAGACGGACUACGCCCCUCACCACAGACAUCAGAGAUAGACCAUCAGCACACAACCACAAAGACAUAGAGGCACGGUGAGCAGAGUGGGGCGCAAUCCUAACCCUGGAUUGGAGGCAGACUACAGGCAUACUCUGCCCUGUGCCUCACACCAAGCACUUAGCUUUGGAAACAGCAGACUGUACCAUAGCUGUGAAUAAUAUG